AUGGGUUUGAAGGGUUCUCUCAAGAGCCUUGCUGAAGGAAUUACUCCUAAAGCGAUUGCCAAACUUACGGCAGAAUUUCCCGGAAACGUUACCACGAAAAACAACGUCGUUAAGACAGUGAAUCUCCGCAUCGAUCUUCAUAAGCAUAUGACUCAGCCCGAUUGGACCACAGCAAAGGUGCAGGCAAAUACUCAAGCCACGGACCAGGGAGUCAAAGAAUUUAUAAAAAAAGGCAACAAAGGCUCGCACUCAGGAACCCAUAAAACCAUCAUCGAAAUCCCGUUUAAUCGCAGAAAUUUUGAUGAAAACAACUUCAAGUCCACUAUCGAACAAGCAUACAAGGCAUGCAACGCAGACGACGACAACGGUGAGGAAUCGUCAAAGGGCAAAAAGGACAAAAAGUGA